UUAUACAAUUUCCUUAUCUUGAAAAAAGAGGUAGUGUAUGUUGCCAUUGCCAUUAAACUACUGAAUGACAGUGAUAUGUGCUACCCCCUGGCGAUAUUCUCAUUAAUUAGCUUCUCAUCUGUGUUUUGCUUUCCUGUAUUCCUGUUUUAUUGCUCUUUUAUCUCACCACCCAUAUUGAAUAGUCGUUUCUCACCUGUUAGAGUACGUAAUGGGCCUAAUGGGCCCAUUAGUCUUAGGGUUAAUUAGAGAUAAGGGUCGAUUGCUUAGGGGUCAAGUAAGCCUUGCUUGGGAGUCAAGUAAACCUCUCUAUAUAAGGAGAGGAGAUGUAUCAAUCUAAUCAAGCAAGAAUUAAAAAGGAAAUCCCUUCCCUCUUGCCCGGCCGUGGGCAAAAAGGCCCCUGGCCGGCCCUCUCGCGCCCUCCUUCUAGCAGCGCCAUAACAAUUUGGUAUCCGGUAGCUCAGUUCCGAUCAUGUCUUCGCCGCCGCCCACCCCGUCGCUUCCGCUGCCGACCAUCACCACCGCGCCGCUGCCCUCCCCGUCCGCGCCGCUGGUCGCAUCCUCCGGCGCCGCCACCACCCAGAUGCCGGCGCCCUCCACCGCACCACCGGCCACCGCCUACACCCCGGAGGAGAUCACUGGGGUCCUCAACGACCUCGUCACAGCCAUCUAGGGGAUCCGGCUGUACCUGGCCAGCCCCUACGGGCCGGCGCCGCCCCUGUUGCCGACUGCCGCCACCGGGCCGCCGGCCCUGCCAUGGUACUUGCCGCAUCCAGGGCCCUCCGCGGAGUUCGCUGGGACGUUGCAGCCCCAGCUGCAGCUGCCGCCGCCGCCCGCCGCCGCCCCACAGUGGCCACAGUGGCCGGCGCUGGCUCCCGCCGCGCCUCCAACGCCCAUCGCCGCCCCCGUGUCGCUGUGGCUGCCGUGGCAGCUGCCGCACCAGGCGGCCUUCACCGCGCUCGCCGGGCCACUGCAGCAGCCGCUGCAGCUGCCAUCCAUCGCCACCACCGCCCAGCCCUGGCUGCAGUGGCAGCCGCCGCUCCUGGCGGCCUCCGCCACGCCCGGCGCUCCGCCACAGCAGCCGCUGCAGUUGCAGCAGCCACCGCCGGUCAGCUCCGGUCCCGUAUCGACCGCACCGGCGGGAGUCCCGCUUCACCAAGUCCAGUCCCCGCCGUCGCCGUCACCGUUUUCGUCUUGGAUCGCUACCCGCCACGUGUCGGCGGCGGUGAGGCUGCAGGCUGCUGCGCGCGGCCUCCUAGCGCGUCGGCGUGUGCGGGAGAUGCGUGGUCUGCAGCUGCCGCUCCUUCAAGUUGCCCUUCGCUGCGCAAAGGACCUCGAUCUCAUCCGCUGCGUCGGGGAUCUUGGGCAUGCGGUUUCCCCCACGGGCAGCGACCUCAAAGUCUGCGACGUCGGCGGUUAGGGGGGCGCACCCCUCCUCGUCAUUCUCCAUCGCAAGCCCUCCACUCUUUCCUGUGCGGUGCAAACCAACAGCCGUCCGGCAGGGAGAAGGCAUGGUGUCACCGACAGCAGCGCACCGCGUAGCACCACUGCAUUCCGCCACCGGCCGCCGCGAGGGCGCCUCUGCUGGUCACUCUUGCGACCACUUCCAGGUGGUCAUACACAUGCACUCCUUUUGUCCAGGUGGUGUCCAUGGGAUCCAGGUGGCUGUACACGUGCAUGUCCGACGUGCGGAUGGUGUCCACUUUUUGUUAAGGGGUCCAAAUUAAAGCGUCCCAGUCCAUUUCAG